UCGUAUUUCGUACGCGAAACAUAACGAAUAAAAAAGGUAAACAACACUACAGAGAUACACAGUAAGCGGGUAUCAAUAACAUCGGUAUUUUUUUACCGAAUUCUCAAGAUACGGAAUUCGUUAACCAGCUGCGAAAUCAUGCCCAAUCCGGUUCUCUAUUAUGAUGACAUUAGCCCACCAGUUCGAAGCGUUUUGCUGACACUUGCAGCUCUAGGAAUCAAAGAUAAAUUUGACUUCAAAUGGAUUGAUCUGUUUUCUCGAGGUCAUUUGGAAGAAAGUUUCAUUAAGCUCAAUCCACUGCACACGGUACCGGUUUUGCAGCACGACGACCUCAUUUUAACCGACAGUCAUGCAAUAUUGAUGUACCUCUGCGACGAGUACGGGAUGGAUUCGCCGUUUUCAUUGAAAGAUCCUAAGAAACGGGCCCGAGUGCACAAUAGAUUGUGCUUCAACAAUGCCGUCCUGUUCAGACGGGAUUCAGAAUUAUUUCAACAAGUGUUUCGAGGGACAAUCAAACACCUAUCGGAACACACAAAACCAAUCGAGGAAGCGUUCGACUAUUUGGAGUCCUAUUUGAAUAAAUCCAGCUUUGUCGCAUGUGAUGAGCUUACAAUUGCGGACUUUUCGAUAGUGGCAACUUUGAGCACGGCGGAAAUUGCAUGCCCGGUCAGCGACGGCAUUCGAUGGCCCCGGUUGGUGGCAUGGUAUGGAAAAAUGAAAUUACUUCCCUACUAUGAAACGGAGAAUCAAAUCGGGUUGGACAAAUUGAAGAUGAAAAUUAUGGCAGUUUUGAGUUGAUGUGGAAAGUCUAGUUAUUAAACUAAUUUGAAAUUCAUGUGGGAAUCACCUGUCUUUUUUUAGUGUUUUUUGGCCUUAGAAUAUUUGCUUUGCUGAUUUAUACCUGACCCUUGUAAGGCUUUUCUUAUAGUGCCUGAUUGAUACUAAAAAGUGUCAUUUUUCAAAUGAAUAUGUAUGACAAAAAAGUCUAUUAAAAGAUCAAAUAAAAGACAAAAAAGACAAAGAAAACAAAAAGCAAAAAAUGACAAAAAAAAAUGAAAGACAAAAUAGACAAAAAAGACAAAAAAGACAAAAGUGACAAAAAAGAC